AGCUCUUUAACUCCUUUGACAGUAACAGAAGCGUGUCGUGGACUGACGUCACCACGGGCGUGUCUUUUUUUUUUUAUAUCACCUGCUCAGGUGGACUAAUCUCACGGACUAAACGGAAGAAGAACUGAGCUGAGUUAAACACAGCGUCCACAGCAUUAACGCAGACAUGCUGAAGUCACUGAGUGUGUCCUCUGAGAGCUCCUUCGACGAUGUGGACUCGGUCUCCUCCGAUGAGCUGCUCGGCUCCCAGUCCCGCCGCUGGCUGGCCGAACUGAUGACCGGCGACUUGCCCUCAGAGAGCGGAGAGUUGCGCACCGUGGACCGGGACGGACUCUUCGUGGACUAUCAAUUCCCUGUGGGAGAGCUGGAGCUGCAGUCCGGGGUCAGGUGGAAGAGACCAAAGGAGCUGUGUCCUUCACCUCACUUCAUCAUCAACGGAGCAACGCACCGGGACAUUCGCCAGGGUAAACUCAAUGACUGCUGGUUUCUGGCUGCCAUCGCUUCCCUCUCUGUGCAUCGGUCUCUUCUCAACAAAGUUGUUCCUCCAGGACAGAGUUUCCAGGAAGGAUACAACGGCAGCUUCACCUUCAAGUUCUGGCAGUAUGGUGUAUGGGAGGAAGUGAGAAUCGAUGAUUUGUUGCCAACUCGGGACAAUCAACUCAUCUACCUCACGUCCCCAGACAUGUUUGAGUUCUGGAGCCCCCUGUUGGAGAAAGCCUAUGCCAAGUUGAAGGGUGGCUAUAGAGCGUUGGACAUGGGCUUUCCUCACGAAGCCAUGGUGGACAUGACAGGUGGGGUAACUGAGGUUUUGAACAUUGCAUCUCUGCCCCGAGGCCUAACGUCCAUCCUCCGACAUGUCUUGUCUAAAGGAGCGCUCAUCAACUGUGCUAACUGCCAGGGUUCUCUGGCCAAGAUGAAUGACCUGGGCAUCAUGUACAGACACGCUUACUCUGUGACUGCAGUAGAGGAGGUGAAGACGGCCCAUGGUACAGAGGAGUUGGUCAGGAUCCUUAACCCCUGGGGCAACACUGAAUGGCUGGGGCCUUGGAGUGAUGAGAAUGGUCCAGAGUGGAGCAGCGUGAGCCCCGAGGAGCAGAAGAGGCUGCAGAGAGUGAUAGCUGAGGACGGAGAGUUCUGGAUGUCGAUCGCAGACUUCCGACAGCAGUUUGAAAUGAUGGAGGUUUGUCAUCUGAGCGAAAACUUCUGUGACUCCAGAUCCGGAGUGGAGCCGUGGUACUCCAUCAUGCUUCAUGGAAACUGGGUGCCCGGGGUCACAGCAGGGGGCUCCUCCAAAGAAGAUGGGUUCUGGCAAAACCCUCAGUUCUGUCUCAAUUUAUUGGAAGCGGAUGAUGACGACACGACCUCCCAGAAGACCUGCUCCUUUGUUCUGGCUCUGAUGCAGAAACACCAGAGACGCAGAGGCACAAACAUGGCUAUAGCUCUGCACGUCUACCCGAUACAUUCCUCCCAAACCUACCUGUCCUUCGACAACCUGAAGGCCACACCCCCCGUCCUCUUCUGUCCUAACUACUCAACACGCAGGGAAGUGGUUCUUCGGGGUUCCCUUCCAUUAGGACGUUACAUCAUCAUUCCCUUCACUGCUAAGCCCGAUCAGCAGGGAUCCUUCCUUCUGCGGGUGCUCACGGAAGAGGGCAACACGGCCAAUCUGGUGCAAAAACCUGCACAAGACAUCUUAUUAAAAGAGCCUUCAUAUCCUCACCAGUCUGCUCUUCCCUCCAACAAAGACAUCAGAAAGCUGUUCCUGGCACACAGUAACAAGAAGGAGCUGUGCAAACCAGUUCACCUCCACCUCAUUUUGACUGAAGCCAUACAAGGAGGAGUCUUGACAGGCUGUGAGAAGUACCUGUCCCUGGAACACUGUAAGAGCAUGGUCGUCCUCAUGGAUACCCAGGGCUUCGCUCGGCUGAACUGGGAAGAAUUUCAGAGUCUGUGGGAUAAAAUCAAGAGGUGGACGGAUAUUUUCAUGGUGUUUGACAAGAACAAGACAAGGCAUCUGGAGUAUCAGGAGGUCGCCCCGGCUUUGAAGGCAGCAGGAAUCGUUGUGGAUGAUUUGGUGAUACAUCUGGUUGGACUGAGGUACACAGAGCCUGACAUGACCAUCAGUUACCCUGGGUUCCUCUACCUGCUGAUGAAACUGGAGACCAUGAUGCACAAGUUUCACGCCUAUGACAUCGCAGGGAUGGGGAUGAUAACGCUCAGCUACAGACAGUGGCUGCACAUGACCAUGUACAACUGACCUGGUGCACUGAUUCACCAAGAUUCACUUUAUUACACACAGAUGUUUAUGCUUGAUGCCCAUGUGGGUCAGAUGUAUGUAGCAUGUACUUCGUAUGUAGUAGACAAGUAGAGCAAUGCAUGAGAGAAGCACUUUCAGACAGAUUUUCUCUGCCUUUAAGCCCACCCCCCUGCUCCCCCCCCUCUGCAGUGUCAUCAGGUACUCCAGCAGCAAUAACAGAACGUUUCUCCUCUGUCAUGGUAACACACAGGGGCAAAUUUCAAAGACAGCAGCGCAGCUGAGAGGAAAAAUAACCUGUAUUAUUUUCUGUGUUGUUUUGAAACAGUGAUUUAUGAACUGAUCCUACUAUCAUUUUUUUUCUUAUUUGGCUAAUUGGAACAUUUAUUGCACAUUUUUAUUAGUAAAUAAAGCUGAAGUGUACAUAGCAAUAUUUUAACUGAAAUUUUUAUGCUUAUAUACUUUAUGUAAUUGGAAUAAAAUGAGAGAUUAGAAUUUGUUCGUUUGUCUUUUUUUUUUUUUUUUAAUAAACUGGUGUUUAUACAGUGACAGUUCGACUGACAUCAGAGUCUUAAAAUGUUUGACCACCAUGUUAAUACCAUAGGCUAUCAAUUCUCCUACAUGACAUAAAAUAUUGACGUGGAAUAUUUACUAAUAUUUUAAGUUUGCCACUCAAUUCUGUAAAAACUGUCCUGCUUGAAAUUAUUUUUACUUUUCAUUUCCGCCUAACUCAGUCCCAGCUCAGCACACAGAAAAUGAACCGAUUAAAAAUGCAGAUUUUCAUCCAACCAA